CCGCAGUUUACCUGCAGGACACGUCGAAUGCGGCAUCGUUGACGUUGACAACCUUGGAAGGUGCUGCUUGAUGAUUGUGACUGCGAUCUCAACUCGAAAGUUCCAGGAACGAUGCAAAUAAAACAUUGACAGAUAGGCCUCUAUUCCGACACGACUUUCAUCCAAUGCAACUAAUGCCAACUCGCAUUCGGCCACUGCCUUUCGCUGCGGGUCUCACAGGCUUCUUCUUCGCCACUUUAACAACCAGAUUCAUCUCAACACAACGAGGACCAACAGCGCCUUCUUCAUCUGUAGGAAAGAUGUCUUCACAACAAACCACUUGGCCUGUCCGCUCUUACACUCCACGCCACAAGAUCUGGCCCUACACAGCUCAAGACUUCCGUCGCCAGGAUAAUUCUCCGGAUCCUUCUUUCUACUCUUCUCCUCGAUUCGUCACGCACAUCGAUGAUGCUGCGAUUGCGACGUUAAGAGAGUAUUAUGCUACGGUAUUACCUACGGCACCUGGUUCUAGGAUUUUGGAUUUCUGUAGCAGUUGGACUUCGCAUUACCCGGAGCAGGUGGAAAGUGCGGUCGAGAAGGGUGAAGUGGAAGUUGUUGGAUUAGGGAUGAAUAAGAGGGAGUUGGAGGCAAACAAAGUGCUGAAUGGAGGUUGGGCUGUGGGCGAUUUGAAUGAGAAGGCGGAAUUGAGUGAAGUGCUACAGGAUGGGGUCCUUGCUGUUGGUGAAAGUAAAAAGUUUGAUGCAGCGACGAAUGUUGUGUCGACCGAUUAUUUGACUAAACCUGUUGAGGUGCUCGAAAGCUUAAGAAACAUCACGAAGCCUGGAGGGAGGGUGCAUUUGGUCAUCAGCAACCGGUGCUUCCCUACUAAGGCCAUUGGAAGGUGGUUGAGAGUUGACGAGGAGGAGAGAUUGCAGAUGGUGGGGGACUUCCUGUUCUUCGCCGGGUGGGAGGAUAUUGAGAUUGUGGAGUUGAGUGAUGGGGUUAUACGGGAUGCUGGUACCAGUGGACAGGGAGGAGGAGACGAGGGUCUGAAGGGAUUUAUGAAGAUGAUGGGGAUGGGAAGCGGAAGGAGGGAUCCGUUGUGGGUCGUGAGAGGCACAAAGAUCGGUGAGUGA